AUGCACGUGUUGGAGCCUGGGAGAGCGCUGGAGCUAUUUCGACAAAUUCAGUUAAGGUUGUUACUGCUAGUGCUGUUUGGUUGAUAUGAUUCUGUCGUGAUUCUGCGUUCUUAGGCAGAAUAUUCCCUCUGGUACCUGAAUCUGUCGCUAGCACUACAAUAUUAAACCCGAAUGAGGUCGUGCACAGAAAAAGAAGUGCUACCUGGCUUUUAUGCCUCUUCCAAUAGUCGCAUUUCUAGCGGAACAUGGUUUCGAUGCGAGGAUAUCCGCGUUUUUAGCAGAGCAUGGCCUCGCGCAGGCAUGCGACCAAGAGACGGGACGACUCUGCGUGCUUGUAUUAUGGUCGAUCAUUCGUGGCGGAUUGUUAUUCCGUGAUGGUUCUAUGGAAGUCCUCCUUUGCAGGAAUUAUAUGGGAAAAUGUAACCUGAAAGUAGCUUUGCUCUUCUUGUCAGUGUAAGUAGGUGAAUUUUUCACUUGUCUAAUCAGAUCCAAGUACCUAUUGCAGAUGUUUUUGGCACUGGUAUUGUGGGAUUUUGGAAUGCAGUUCCAGCCAGGCAACUGGUUGAUGAUCGCAAUGUACAACACGCAUCACGUCGGAGUCUUCAUUGCGCUGCAGUUUCGAAAUGAAGUGGAGUUAUGCAUUUUAUUCAAGAAAGGUCUUCAACUUUUUAGUUGAUCUUCAAUGGAGGAUGAAUUUAGUUGCAACAGUAGCGUGUUGGCCCUUCUGAAUGGAACACAGCAGUUUUACUUAUAAAGUUUUUUUACUUUGGCUUCUACAUUCAUACUGAAUCCCAUCCAAUAUCUAACUCACCAAGCCUUUCAAGACUCGUGCUUCUUUGCGUGGUUAUGGGCGAUUCACUCCUUCGGCUUGGUGUUGGAGGUACUUUCACUUGUCACCUUUCUCUUACCUGCCUCCACAAUGCAACAACCCUAGUAUCACCUGCCAUCACCCAAUCAUAACCAUCCAAGAACAUGAACAUCCUCAUUUUCCCUUUUUUCCACUCAACCGACCGCAUUCCCAUUCAGGUCUUUUUCCCCCUUAUCGGCAUUCGAGCCAAAGAAGGUCGUCACUCCUACGAAUUGGACUUCGUGAAGCACCUCUACUCGAUGGUCACCGUAAGGCAGUUUUACCUCUACCUAAACGGACACGGACAACCCGGUUUGGCUUGUGACAACUACCAGUCGUGGGCAUUGGGGAUUAUGAUUGCUUCCCGAUACUUGCUGCACGAUAACUGGCGACAUCGAGAAUUUUUCCGCAGGAUCGAAAUUCCGGGAUUUUGUAUUUAAGACCAAUGAAAAGCGUUUCAGUUCUAUGAUAGGUGAAGUGUAUCCCUGUGUCUCGUCACAUCAUGGAAAGCUACCUUUCGAAAGUGGUUACUGCAACGUCUUCAACAAGAGAAUACAACUUCCUUCACAGCUAAUCAUGGUAUUCUACUAGGAGGACGCGACCAGUAUUAUGAUUGGAGUCUUCGACAACUGAAAGUGCAGUGCUGGUUGUGGUUACUGUAGCGGCUUCAACCACAAGUAAGGUAUCUCUACAAAAAACCCACACUUCUAACACCAAGUCUGCGUGGAUCAUUUCUUCGGCUGUGACGUCUAUAUGCAUCGAGCCUUCGGACUUUUCUUCGGUUUGUUGUUCACUUACAUCACGCACGCAGUCUUUUUUGGAAAUGUGCGCUCAAUGCCUGCCAAUUACGACUUAGAAGAGUCGUCGAAAUUGCAGAGGUUCUUGGAACAAGAAGCUGAGAAAACAGGAGACCACCUAGAGAAGCUGCCGACUGACUACCUGUCUUUCAUGGUGCAAUGGUUCGAGACCAAAACUUGUAAGCAGUUAUGGAGAAAUGAAAAAAAUGUGACUGAUGCACUUAGACUUACUAACUUAGAUGAAGACCUCACGUGAACCAGAGCAAAUUGUUCGGGCUUUCGACUUCAAUUUCUGAAUUCUGAGUGAAAAUAUGUUCAGAACAUGAGUGAAAAUAGAAAUAUGUUCAGGGCAUUGUGCUAGUUCACAGGGAAACCAAAUCCUGUCUUCUAACACAGAGUAAACUGGAGCGUGCUGAAGGGAAGCCAGUGCAACUGUGGAAAGAAAAGUGGCCUUUGCAUUGCUUAGCGGCUACAGGUGCUAAAAACGCAAUUACUCUGUCCAAGAUGUUGGAGGACAGAGCGGUCACGACAGCAGAUCUAAAUGCCCAGAUGACUGACUGGCAUAACUCAGCACCUCUGCAAUGGUCGGUCAAUCUGCGGAAUCAUGCGGUCACAUUGGUGCUGUUGCAGAAUGUUAUGAAGACUAGUCGUUUUUUAUUUUGUACCAAGCGGACAAGGACAACUUUGGAUUGAAUUGUCCGGUCCCGCUACUUCCCGGCCAUACCGGCAUCAGAGGAUUCAUAAGAUAGACAAGCACCUCUCUCGUCUCAAAACCACCUUAACGCCUUCGAGUAAACCGAGGACAGGUAAAAUCUUCUGCUAGUAGCCGUGAUAAAGGACAAGGUGCCAGCAUAGUUCUAAGACAUGCGCAAACCCCUACCAGAGUGCGACAUCGGCAUCGAGCGCGAAGACGGCAGUGGACUUAGCCUUCGCGAAAGGAGGAGGAUUAGUUAUGAUUAGUUGCACAAGAUGAGCUUUAUAAUAAUCUGCGAAUGCUCUAGAAAGAUGUGGUAACAACUGGUCGUCUAGAAAGAUGUGGUAACAACUGGUUUUUACUCGUUUCCGUCUACAUUUUAGUCCUUUGACGCAUAGAUAAUGGGUACAUGCUGAUCAAUCAUAGUCCCCAAGGAACUCACACGUUUUCCAUGACUCUUCUAAACCUUGAAAUUGUCGGAACUUUUGGUCUCGCUUUCACGCACUCUGCUUGGAAGAGUGGCCUCCUCUUGAUGUGCCCUGGGGAGAACGGCCGGUUCAUGUCCGGUUUUUACAAGUGGUGAAAGCCUUUUGAGGGAGUAUUUUGUUUCAGGAGAUGAUAAUAUCGAUUCACUGAUUCAGUACCUUGUACAGUUUGUUGAAAGCUACAUUCAUGAUACAGAAAAACAAAAAAGUUAAUUCAUGAUACAUAAAAAAGUUACAUUCAUGAUACAUAUUUAUAAAUAUUUAUAGAAGUUACAUUCAUAAACACGUAGAGAUUCCGCAUUGUCUUUGUUCAUAACGUUUUAUGAUCGCACAUGCACCACAGAAUCACGGCGGUCAGCGACUCUUCACAUUCAGUCUGAUUUCGUAUUUACUCUUGGAUUUUUUAGAUUACGGCAUAUAUGGUGCAAGUAGCACAACGAGCAAAGUAAAAGUCGGUAUAAGUACACGUGUGGAUUCAAAAAAGUGAAAAAAAUUUACAGGUAGAAGUGCCGUUAGAUUUAAUUGCAGUGAGUACGAAGGAAUAGGCAUCAGCACAGUCAUGAUUGAGUUUGAGGACCCAGCAUGGUGAAGCAGGAUGCAGCAGAGAAUUUGCGUGUUACUUGUCCAAGCAGAAAAACCAAGCAAGCGCAUGACCGCC